CGCUGCUGCCAUUCAGUGCAAGUUUAGCAGUAGAGGUGAAAUUGGCUCCAUUGCCAAUCUAAUGGAACAUCGUUCUUUUGAGCAAGUCCCGUCAGCUAUAGUGCUCAACAAACUAAACAUUCGCGUGAAACGUGAUAAUUGUCGUAAACAGCAAAUUCUGCUCCUGCUAUUAUGUUGUUUAAACGGAUCAUUGAAGGAAAGUCGAUGUUGAACGCUGAAACCACCAAGGCCAAGUCUCCGGAGAAAUGUUCCAGAAGGCGGUCUGAAUGCGAUGGGUGUGGGGAACAUUCCACUAUUCUGGAAGAAAUGGUCAAGGUGGUUAUGCUGGGAGUUGUGCUGUGGGCGGGAGUGACGUUUGGGAGCCAUGUUGCUCCUUACCCGCUUAAUCUUAUAGUUAAUUCUGACAAUCUUCACCCGCCUCCAAUGUACGACUUCCCGUUUCCAAGUGCAGACAUGUUAAAAAGACUUCCCCCUGUAACUGGAGCUCAAACGAACAAAUCUAUCAGUAUUAGCAAGUUUUCAAUUUCGUUGUUAGAGAGGCUAGAACAAAAUCUUAACUCUGCUGGGAUCACUCCGAGAGCAGGAUCGCCUGGAAAGGGGCUCAUGAUCCAAGGACUCCCUUCAGAUGACGCGAUGCUUUAUGAAAAGUCAUCUAUGAUUAUCACAAAAGCGUCACAGAAUCUGGUUGUAACUCGAUGCACAAGGUUCGGUUUGGCUAAGGACGAGUGUGCGAGUUAUGUCAGUACUUUGAACUUGCGUGAUACUGAAUAUGGGCCGGAGUGUGCUGCGCUGGAAAGGCUGGCGUGUCGUUCGAACAAGUUAUCAUCACGUUAUCGCUCUUUCGAUGGCUCUUGUAAUAAUCCUGUGCGGUCUUCCUGGGGCCAGUCACUUACUGGCUACAAGCGGCUUUUGCACCCAAGAUAUGCUGACGGCAUCGAGGAGCCACGUACUUCUGCAAAUUAUAAGCCUUUGCCGUCUGCUCGUUUAGUCAGCACCAAACUCACCAGUAACUUGGAUAGACCUGAUGAUAAAAAGAGCAUUGCCUUGCCUGUUUGGAGUCAGUUCAUCUACCAAGACUUGGUUCACAUUCCUGUAAGGAAGACAAUUCACACCAAUCAGGCGAUCCGCUGCUGCGACAAUGAUGGCUCAGCACUGUCACCUCGCUACCUCCAUCCGAGCUGCAUGCCCAUAUCUGUGCCUUUUGAUGAUCCCUUCUACAAAAAGGAAUAUCAAACCUGCAUGGAGUAUACCCGAUCGGUCACAACCUACAGAGGAGACUGCAGUUUUGGUGCUUCAGAACAGAUGAACCAAGCCACUCAUUUCAUGGAUGGGUCUCAGCUGUAUGGCACAAACGGCCGCGAGGCGGCAGCGCUCCGCGAGAAGGAAGGAGGCCUGCUCAAGACCUCGGGCCCUGGCGCGAACCUGCCUCCGCUGUCUUCUGACCCAUCUGCGUAUUGUCUGGCCGGCAGUGGCGAGACCUGCUUUAAAGCUGGUGACGUCCGCGUGAACAUGCAUCCAUGGCUGACGAGCAUGUACGCGCUGUGGAUGCGCGAGCACAACCGCGUGGCGCGGGCCCUGGCCGCGCUCAACCCGGCCUGGAGCUCCGACCGCCUGUACCACGAGGCGCGCCGCAUCGUCGUCGCUGAGAUGCAGCACAUCACCUACGCUCACUGGCUGCCCGCUCUUACUGGUAAAGCGUUCGACGAGCUAUAUGACAGCUACGACACGGGUUACAACUCGGACGUGAAUCCGACCGUCAGCAACUCGUUCGCCACGGCCGCCUUCCACUUCGUGCACACCAUGCUCGACCAGGACAUCGAGCUGGUCGACGCUAGCGAUGACGUCACUUCCCACCGCCUCAAGGAGACGUUCUUCAAGCCAAACAUCGUGCCUGGAAACCUGGAGAAGAUUCUGAGGGGCAUGGCAGCGCAGAAGAGCCAGGGGAUGGAUUUGAACUACGAUGAUGAUGUGCGACAAGGUUGGUUAGGCGGACUGGACGCGUUGGCACUAGAUGUCCAGCGCGGCCGCGACCACGGGCUGCCCGGCUAUGCAGCAUACCACGCGCUCUGCGGCCUGCCGCCCGCAACUACCUUCCAGCACUUCACCGACGUCAUCCCACAAGAGGUGGUCGACAAGCUAAUGGAGGUUUAUGAGCAUCCCAACGACGUGGAUCUGGUCGUGGGCGCCAUGGCCGAGACCCCUCUGCCGGGCUCUUCCUUCGGACCUACCUUCACGUGCCUUAUCAAGGAGCAACUGUGGCGCACGCGCUCCGGAGACCGUUACUUCUACUCGCACGCAGACGAAGCCGGCAGCUUCAGCAAGCGGCAGCUGGCCGAGCUGAAACGCGCCUCGCUCGCGCGCCUGCUGUGUGACAAUGGUGGCCUUACCGCAGUACAGAGGAACGCCUUCCAGCCGAGCUCGCCCAGCAACCCCAAAGUUCCUUGCGACGAGAUCAAGAAGGUGAACCUGGAGGCGUGGCAGGAGGCGCCGCAGCCGGACCUGCUGUCGCGCACCACCAAGUGGAUCAAGACGCGCGUGGCCUCCGACCGCACCCGCUAACUGCACGGCGACUGCACGACUGCAACUGCGUCGACGUUGCGACGGGCCUGUAGCCGUACUUAACCUUGGGAACCAAUCUACUAAUCAAGACACCUAUAUUGUCUCGUUCUCAAUCAAUCGUCGCCUCGUCUUGUGUGCCCGUGCAAUAUUUAUUAGUAUUUACGCAACGUGUCUGCCUUAAACAGUUUUUUAAGUAGGUAGUGAUCUUGGGUUGUCAUAGUCGUACGAUUUUUCAUAGAUGUCUAAGCGAAAAUGUAUCAUAAUUUAGACAAAAUUUGAGUGAAAUUUGCUUUGAAAGUGAGUCUAAAUUUUGUUCCGAACCGCAGUACGGAAAGUUCUAGUAGAGACGUUCAGUAUUUGUGUAUAAAAUAAAUUACUCGUCUAGGAAUAAGUCAGUGCCACGUCCUACCCCUAGUGCAGCGGCUGUGAUAGUGGCGGCUUCUUGUAUUAGACCCAUAUGUUAAAAGGUCUAGGGAGCUGCUUAAAACUGUGAAAAACCCAUUUAAGUAGUUUCUAAAUUUACAAAGUUUAAAUUAUUUUUAAUACCAGACAACUUUUUCACUUAUUUUGAUUAAGUAGUUAGAUAUAUUCACACUAUGUAACAGCGUACUGUGCGCUUUGCACAGUGUUGGAAUAAUCAUUCAUAAUUAGGACGGUUCUUCGUAGUUCAUUAAAUAUUAAUACUCAUUGAGGUAAAUUAUCAUCCCAUCAAAAGCAUAAUUAGUUUUAUAUAAAUAUCACUUAAUAUAAAAAGGCACAUAAUUGAUGCUUUACAGCUGAAUUGAUGACAUCGAAAAUUCUAAUUUUAUUUUUAACUGACGGCCUUUCGUGGCCAAUGCCAAAGACUGGAAUGCAAUUCAUUGCGUUUAUCGAAUUUCAAUUUAGGAUAUAACCCAGACGCCUGAAUCUUAGCUUGCAUUUCCACGUCUAGCGCCGUCGUCUGUUCCGACUAAGAUUUAGGGCGUGUCUGAAUAGAAGACUUAAUAUAGUUUAAGGUGUUAAACGGAUGAGACGAAAGUUGGGGAAAUAGUGAAAAAUAAAAUAAAAUUAAGAAACGCAAAGCAUUAGUAAGACACUGAUUACACUAGUAGUUAUAAAAGUAAAACCAAUUUUGAUUUAAAUUUUU